AUGUCUCUUUCAACCGCGCGUUCGUUCUUGUCGGAAGCUUGCUAUGGCGAGCAAGAACUUGACGCCAAUUCCGCACUGUUGGAGCUCGACAAAGGACUGCGAUCGGGAAAGCCUGGAGAGCAGUGUGAAGCUGUGGUGCUCUUUCCCAAACUCUUCCUGAAGUACCCCUUUCCCAUUCUCAUCAACUCUGCCUUUCUAAAACUCGCUGAUAUAUUCAGACUUGGGAAUAACUUUCUUCGCUUCUGUGUGCUAAAAGUAACGCAACAGAGUGAAAAACAUCUGGAAAAAAUCCUGAAUGUGGACGAAUUCGUCAAAAGAGUGUUUUCUGUCAUUCAUAGCAACGACCCUGUGGCCCGAGCUAUUACUCUGAGGAUGCUUGGCAGUUUGGCCUCCAUCAUCCCAGAGAGGAAGAACGCGCAUCACAACAUUCGCCAGAGUCUAGAUUCUCAUGACAAUGUGGAAGUAGAAGCUGCUAUAUUUGCAGCGGCCAGCUUUUCUGCGCAGUCAAAAGUCUUUGCUGCUGGGAUUUGUAACAAAGUCAGUGAGAUGAUUCAAGGUUUGGAGACUCCUGUUGACCUAAAGCUGAAAUUGAUCCCCAUGCUGCAGCACAUGCACCAUGAUGCUAGUUUGGCAUCCAGUAGUCGAGAACUUUUGCAAAACCUAGUCACGUCUUACCCCUCGACGCCCAUGGUCAUUGUGACCCUGCAUACCUUUACCCAGCUUGCUGCGUCUUCCCUGAUUGACAUACCCAAGCAGUUGCAGCUUCUCCUCCAAUACCUGAAGGAUGACCCACGCAAAGCAGUCAAGAGACUCGCGAUUAACGAUCUAAAGCUCCUUGCGAAAAAGGCUCCUCAUCUUUGGACAAGGGAGAACACGCAGACCCUGUGUGAGUGUGCACUGAGCAGUCCUAAUGUUAGUUUGAAGUUGGGCAUGUUAGCGGUCCUCUCUACUCUGUCUGAAACAAUUGCAAUUAAGCAGUACUUCAGUCAGACCACAGUCUCUGCUUCCCCUCGGAUCACUGACUUGGUCAAAUUGGCACAGGAGUGCUGUUACCAUAGCAACUUGGCUGUCGCUGCCCAUGGGGUCGUAGUGCUGUCCAAUAUUGUAAUUUCUUGUCCAGAAAAAGAUAUUUCCCAUCUGGAGCAGGAUACCGUAUUAGGGCUGGAGUCGCUGCUGAUGCUUUGCAGUCAAGAUGGCAGUUCAACUGCCCAGUCUACACUUAAAACCACACUUACCUCAUUAGUCAAGCUGCUGAAGAGUCGACCUCACCUCAGCCAAUCCGCAGUGGAAUUCUUGCUAGGUCAACUCCACUUGUCUUGUGACUCCUCUCGUGUUCUCAUGUGCCACACGCUGUCAGCCAUUGCCACCCAUCUGCCAGUGCUGGGUGAAAGCAUGCUGGGAGAUCUGGUGGACCUCUACCAAGUGGCCAGUCAUUCGUCCACCGACAAACAGCAAGAGCUUCUGGUUUCUUUAGCGACUGUAAUUUUUGUUGCCAGCCAGUCAUCGCUGUCAGCAGAAGUAAAAACAGUCAUCAAACAACAGCUUGAGCACGUUGCCAAUGGUUGGACCGUGUACCGGAUUGCACGGCAGGCAUCUCGCAUGGGGUGCCACGAACUCUCCAGCGAGCUCUACCAGAGUCUAAGAACGCGUGUGGCAUCGGAGCAUUUCUACUUCUGGCUCAACAGCCUCAAGGAAUUCUCUCAGGCCGAGCAGUGCCUGACACACAUGGAGGACGGAGACUACAGCGGGGCCAUGAGUGCCAUUGCCGAGGCCCUACGCUCGUACCAAAAGGGCAUCGCCUCCCUCACAGCGGCCAGCACUCCUCUAAAUCCACUUACUUUCCAGUGCGAGUUCAUUAAAUUACGGAUCGACAACUUGCAAGCACUGUCCCAGCUUAUUUGCACCUGCAACAGCCUAAAGACCAGCCCUCCUCCCGCCGUGGCCACCUCUCUUGCCCUGAGCACAGGCCACGACCUACAGAGCUGCGGCCGCAUCUCUCAACAGAUGAAAGUAUGCAAGGACGAGUUCACAAGUCUCGCGGCCCGCUACGCUGAAUUACACCAAUCAUCGUUUGAUGCCGAUUAUGCCACUCUGCGGAAUGUAGAGUUACAACAGCAGAGCUGUCUACUCGUCUCUCACGUGAUUGAGGCUCUGAUAUUGGACCCGCAGUCUCUCAGUUAUCAGGAGUAUGCCCCCCUUGGCUUAGUUCAGUCAGAGAGCGAAUAUGAGCGGAGGAUGAUGUCAGUCUUUACCCAUGUGCUUGAGGAAGUGGAGACCCUCAGCAAAAAGCAUCCGCCUGUGUCUUACCUGCAUACAGGUUGUCUUUGUGAUGCCAUUAUAGCACUGCUAAAGGUCCCGCUGUCUUUCCAGAGGUACUUCUUCCAAAAGCUUCAAUCGACAAGCAUCAAGCUUGCCCUGUCGCCCUCCCCACGAACACCAAACGAACCCAUCCCAGUACAAAAUAACCAGCAGCUGACUCUCAAGGUUGAGGGGGUUGUUCAACAUGGUUCCAGCCCAGGACUCUUCAGGAAGAUCCAGUCCGUGUGUUUGAAUGUCACGUCCACCCUCCAGAGCAAGGGACCUGGGGCAGACUACAAGAUAAUGCUGGACAGUACAACCAAUGAGAUUGAGCAACGGGUAGAACCCCACAAUGAUUACUUUAGCACCCAGUUCCUGCUCAAUUUUUCCAUUUUGGGCACUCACGCCGUCUCAGUGGAGGCCUCAGUGGUGGACGAGAGCGGCAUUGAGUGGAAGACCGGUCCCAAAACCACAUUGGCGGUCAAGUCCAUGGAGGAUCCGUACUCCCAGCAGCUUCGCCACCAAAUGCAGCAAAGUGCAGCUCAGCCUGCAUCUCAGAGGAGCGCAUACAGUCGCUUCUAG